CCCCUGCGCGCCCCCUACGCCGCGCCCCCGCGCGCCCCCCGCGCCUAGCUUGCGGGGGGCCGGGCCUGCGGGCGGCUGGCGCGGCGCGCACCCAUGGACGGUCCGGCCAUCAUCACCCAGGUGACCAACCCCAAGGAGGAUGAGGCCCGGUCGCCCGUCGCGGGCGAAAAAGCUUCCCAGCGCAACAUCAGCCUGAAGAAGCAGAGGGGUCGGAGCAUCCUUAGCUCUUUCUUCUGCUGCUUCCGAGACUACAAUGUGGAAGCCCCUCCACCCAGCAGCCCCAGCGUGCUGCCGCCGCUGGUGGAGGAGAACGGCGGGCUUCAGAAGGGUGACCAGAGGCAGGUCAUUCCCGUACCAAGUCCACCAGCUAAAUACCUCCUUCCAGAGGUAACGGUGCUCGACUAUGGAAAGAAAUGUGUGGUCAUUGAUCUAGACGAAACCCUGGUGCACAGUUCGUUUAAGCCCAUUAGUAAUGCCGACUUCAUUGUUCCUGUUGAAAUUGACGGAACCAUACACCAGGUGUACGUGCUGAAGCGACCACACGUGGACGAGUUCCUCCAGAGGAUGGGGCAACUCUUCGAGUGUGUACUCUUUACUGCCAGCUUGGCCAAGUACGCAGACCCUGUAGCUGACCUCCUGGACCGGUGGGGCGUGUUCCGGGCCCGACUCUUCAGAGAGUCCUGUGUUUUCCAUCGUGGGAACUAUGUGAAGGACCUGAGUCGCCUGGGUCGGGAGCUGAGCAAAGUGAUCAUCGUGGACAAUUCUCCUGCCUCCUACAUCUUCCAUCCCGAGAACGCAGUGCCUGUGCAGUCCUGGUUCGAUGACAUGACAGACACGGAGCUGUUGGACCUCAUCCCGUUCUUCGAGGGCCUGAGCCGGGAAGACGACGUCUACAGCAUGCUGCACAGACUCUGUAGCAGGUAGCCCUGGCCUCGGCCCAUCUGCGCCUGCGCAGUCUGGAACCCCCGGGCCCAGGGGACGCGCCCAGCCGUGGCUCCCAGAGUGCGGCCUGAGAAGACUCCAUGCUCUGGGCCACAGGGUGAAUGUCACCAUGCCUACCUGUUUUGUUUUGUUUUUUUUUUAAAGAACAGAAACAACUAUUUUAAAGGAAAAAAAAACUCUUUUAAUAGAUUUCAUAAACGGACUGCAUUUUACCAGAUUCGAUUUUCUUAAAACAUACCAAAAAGGAAAAACAAAAAAAGAAAAAAAAAACAAAAACAAAAACACUUUGAUAUCUCUCAACUUCCUUUCUACUGACUCCCCACCCCCCCUCCAAGUAGACAAGCCUGUCCUCUUGGCCUCCGUUUGGAACAGCUGACCCAACUCAAAAUCUCUUCCCUACAGGAUGAAGUGCCUUUUUGAAUGUUAUUUUAAGCCGAAAGUUAAUUUUUUGUAUACAGCCUAUUUCCAAACAUCUUUUAGUCUUUUACGGUCUUAGAUACUUAUUCUGAGAAGACAAACAGGACCGUUUUAUAGACCCUGGUGGCCUGUGUGUGGCGGGGAGGAUGUGGUCAGGUAGAACAGUGGGUCGAAGGAGCCUGCCUCUCAGCAUGUGUGGCUGUCAGCCGUGGUAUGCACAGAGUCUGGCUCCCUCUGACAGGACUUUUCUGCUGACUGUCAUGGUCUCACGUCUGACCACUCCGGAAUGUACCUGCCAAUGGCCUAGAGCUUUACGAAAACAGCUGGUUCCUUUUAUGACGGUUUCUGAGGUUAUUAAAAAUGUGUCUUGAGGUUGCAUUUUUGCCCUCGGGAACUGACACUGUGUCUUCAUCCAGUGUGCUUUCCCACGACUCCACACGUCUGUCCUUUGCUUGUUCUGUUGUCACUGGUUUGAGGAGAACAGUUACGGAAAACCCUGAAGCCCUUGGAUCGCUGAAGUCCUUCCUUUCAGAAGCUGGGUACACGCGGUGCCAGGUGUUGGGACUUUGCUGCUACUGUGCUCCUGCCACCAAAUGGGACUGACCAGAGGCUGUCACACUGUUCCUUAGCCACUGUGCCUAUGCUUAGAAGACGCUCACCGCUCAGCUGCAGACUCAGACAGGGUCACACACAGGUGUCCCACCCCAUCAAGCACGGCACCCUUCUUGGGCCCCGGCCACCACCAAGAAUGCCGAAGGGUACAAAGGUUUAAAAACAAAACAACAACAACAAAAACCUGAAGGGCCAAAGCACCGCUCAGGUGCUGUAUCCACUUCACACUGCAGCCAACGUCAGAGCCUAAGAUGGAACUCACCGAUCUCGCUCGAGAACCCGUGGCCUCAAUCAGCCGCCACGCUGAUGUGGCUCAAGUCUGCCUCAGCCUCUUUGGAAGCACAGCCUCUUCAAGCCAAGGGUUGGAGAAGCUGCCUUGAUGCGAGACUCAUCUCUCCAAACCAGGGAGAAGGGCUUCUCCCUGGAGCCUGGGGGUCUCUUCCCACCCAUUCCCAGUUUGGUAUUUAAUCUGUGUCACAUCGAUCUUCUGAAGAACAAACAGAGCCCUCUGUGUUGGCACCAAUGCCUUAGUCCGCUGUGGGUCGGGCCUCAGCCAGAAUUCUGCUGGGAGUCACUGGCAUUGACAAAAUUUAAAGUCAGGGGUCAAACUUAAAAAAAAAAAAAUGGGUUUUUCUUUCAUUCACAAAAUAAUGAAACCAGCUACUAGGCCUGUCUUCCCACAGCGCUUGGUCUGGAGAUCAGAGCAGAAAUAUGUCAGGGUCAUUCAGAUCACCUGACUGAGUGUUCCAAACCCAGCAAGCCCCUUGCCAAUUAAAAUAAAACUGCCCCUUUGGUAAGCAUUUCCACAGGUAACGACACACCUGCUGUAAACCCUCAUGGAAAACCAGUCAUUAACGAUCCCUCUGCCUUAAGUGUCUUGGGUGUUUCAGAGUCUGCCACGUGUUGGCUUCCUCACAGAAAGAGGCCCGGAUAGAACCUCAGAUUUUUUUUUGCCUGUGCCUCUUUGUGUCGGUGUCACGGGGCCUUAUUUGAAAGGAGGGGCAGAAUGGACUGAAAUUCCAGAAUAUUUCAGGGGAAGUGAGCCUAGAAAUAGUGCUCUACUUCAGACAGGUUCGAGGCCAACCCUUGGCCUUACAGUCCCAGGGCUGCAUGUACCCAUGCACCCCGGGAAGGGCUUCCUGGUGGGGAGCCCUGGUCUUGCCACCACACACAUGGAAUGUCUUGGGUGGGUGGCAGAGUUUCUGAGGGUUCUGAAAUCUGCACCUUUUCUGACCAAGCUCCAAAAAAAUGCCAAUGUUUCUUUCCUUUUUUUAAAAAAAAAAAAUCCCCUUUAUGUACAUAAUUGAAAAAAAUCUAUAUUUUUAAUCAGUUACGUGUAAAUGAAGCAAUAGAACUCUAACAAGGCCAAGAAAGGAGAUGAAUGUUCGAGGUUUAUUUUCUUAAGGUAAAUACGGGUAUUGCUUUUAAUUGUGAGUUUAUUAAAACUUGGGCUUGAAAACCUAUCAGCCACUUCUCUGUGCCAUAUCCUUCCCACAUUACCAAAACACUCCAUCUCCUUAGCCAAAAGAAACAUCUGACCUCCCAAGUCCUAUGACCCCCUCAGCUCCAGGUUAGGACCCGUCUCUUAGACAAGUGCUUUUGAUGCGAAGGUCUAGGACAGGGUGGUUUGGGUUGCUGGACUCCAGCCUACACCCUCUGCUUGACCUCAAGUGGGGGGCUUCCUGGGCACACCUGACCCCUGAGGAUGUUAAUGUCUUGUCUUCCAUUUGUUCUGGAAUCCUCCGUGUUGGUCUGCACUGUUUGUCAACAAUACCUUUUUGUAUCUUAAUCACACCACCUGUCCCUGGUGGCAGUGGGUGGCGAUUCCUCUGACACAGUGCAAUGUGGUGAGGUGGCUUUGGGGGCAUGAGGACGUCCACGUGACACUAACUCGUCACAGCCACAGCCUUUGAAGUUAGGGGUACGAAAAUAAAACCUGUAAGUGCGUAGGGCCUGGCAGCUUUUCACAACCCUGUAUUUCAAAGAUGGCUUUCUAAUAAAAUCCAGAAACACAGCCCUGUUGGUCAAACACUCGUGACGUUUUGUGCCUCUGCUUCUAAUGGUGCUGUGCGGGACAGCUGGCAGCCAGGGUCUGAGAAGAGCCUAUGGCCUACUGUGCUUCCCUGCGCAAACUUGCUGGCGGCUGCCUCUGUUCCUGUUUUCCUGUCUAUCCCUGGAGUUGCCCUGAGGUUAGGUACCCCCCAGGUGACGUCGGUGCCUGGGGAGUUGCGGCUCUCCGCUGGACGUUUGUGCCGUUCCAGUGCCACUUGGGAAAUACCACAUGUUGGAAAGAGCACCAUGCUCGGGGCAAGUAUUGUCAAUCAGUGAUUUCCCUCCUGCCAAAAAUAAACUCGUCAAACUGCA